AUGGUCCUGGAGGUGUUUUCCGAGCUGGAUGACAAGGCUGAGAACGGGGAGCCCUACCAGAGGAGGAGGGGAGCGGGGCCCCCCUUGCCCGAGGGCCCCCCAGCAUUCCCAGCACCCCAGGACGGGCCCCCCCUGGCCAGGAGCAGCAGCUGGAGGAGGAUCAUGCUGAUGAUCCUGGCUAUCACCAUCCACAACAUCCCAGAGGGCCUGGCCGUGGGAGUUGGCUUCGGGGCCGUCGGGAAAUCCGAGUCUGCCACCUUCCAGAGCGCCAGGAACUUGGCCAUUGGGAUUGGGAUCCAGAACUUCCCAGAGGGCCUGGCCGUCAGCCUGCCCCUGCGUGGCGCUGGAUUUUCCACGUGGAAAGCCUUCUGGUACGGGCAGCUGAGCGGGAUGGUGGAGCCCCUGGCCGGGCUCCUGGGCGCCUUUGCCGUGGUGCUGGCGGAGCCGCUGCUGCCCUACGCGCUGGGGUUCGCCGCCGGAGCCAUGGUCUACGUGGUGAUGGACGACAUCAUUCCCGAGGCGCAGACCAGUGGCAACGGGAAGCUGGCAUCCUGGACGUCCAUCCUGGGCUUUGUGGUGAUGAUGUCCCUGGACGUGGGGCUGGGCUAGGCCAGAGCUGCCCUGCCAGGAGGACGCAGCAGAGCCCCGCGCCGCGGGAGCGGGAGCCGGACACGCCUUGGCCCGGGACUGGAUCUGUACAUAGAUUUUUGGGAUCUGGUUUGGUGUUGAUUUCCUCUGAUUUUGUAUCUCCCCCUCCCCUCUGGGUUCCUGGCGAUGGUUUCCAAGCACAAACACGGGUGGGUCCUCCCAGAUCCUGGUUUGGGGUUCCUCUCGGAAGGGGCGUGGGAUGAUGCUGGGCUGGUUUCUCCAGGGAGAGGCAUUUGGGAUUUCGAUCCUCUCUGUUGUGUCAGAGGUUGGGAAUUCCCUGUCCUGUGUGGAGGCUGGUCUGGGGUUAAGCGCCGAGGCCUUGAAAUGGAGUAAGCUCCUUGUGGAGCGUGGAAUUGCAGCCUUUUUUGGGAAGGUUGAAGGCACCAGGGCUGUGACAAGCCAUGGGAUCUCAGGUCUUCCACAUCCCGCCAGGAAUGUGCUGCAGGGAAUUGGUUUGGAUGGAUGGAGAUAGUCCAGGCAAAUAAAGAUGAAUUUCCUUGGGAUCUCUGCAAGAGGGAAAUGUCAUUUUUUCCUCAAUGUGUCCCCGAGGGGCGCUGCUCCGGUGUGCUGGGGCCAAUGCUCCGGGGUUUUCCAUGGGAAAAACACCAGGAAAGGAGGAUUUGAGUGGUUUCCGUGCAAUUCCACGUGGAGCUGUCCGGCCUUCCCAAGGGAUUCUGGAUUGCAGCUGCUGCUUCCGGGGAUCAGGACUCCCUGAAGGGCCAAGCCAGGGUUAUCCUGCUCACCCGUCAGCUGCAGGAAGGGCAGGAGCUGAGCCAGCAGCGGAGCAUUCCGGGAUGAAUGGAUGGAUGGACGGAUGGAUGAAUCCCUGGGGAUGAACGAAUUAUCCCACCUGGCUCAUUAUCCCUGGCUCUGGAGAGCCACAAACGCUGCGUGGACAUUCCUGC